AUGCAGAACUACGACACGCACGUUUUGCAAUGGUCGCAGCCGCAAGUUGCUGGCCGUCUCACUCAAAUCACAAGCAUACCGCCAUAUACUGAGCUCGACUCAAAAGGAAGACCAAAAUUUACCGACGAGCAAAUCCUCGCACAAGUCAGUGAGCUCUCAGUGGUCAAUUCUCGCGCUGGAUUCUUCGUCUGGCUCAGUGCCGCCUUGUCAGCCAGACCGCUCACGGACGACAUGACCAUUUUAAGCUACCUGCAAGGACGGUACCCCAACGACAUGCAACUACUGGUUGUGGACCUUCUUGUCGCCUCCUUCGAUGUGCUUACCAACUCGCUUCUGACCAAGGCAAAACCUCAAUAUCACAGGGUCAUCAGAUCCUUCAUCGUCAACAAAGUGCCAAUUCUGAUCACGAGAGUACAAGCAAACAUGCAGGCUGCCGUAACUACCGAGGCCUGUAUACAGAUGGCGAUGAUGCCCGGAGGCUUGAUUACCGUCAAUCCUCUUCCUCCGAUGACUGCAGAUUCGAAUGCAGUCGGUGACUAUCUUAAAGGCACACGACUUGACUUUCUGCAGGCUUGCGCCCUUCAUGGCCUGGUCACUGAAGGCGCCAUCUCGGCCAUCCUCCAAGAGAGUGUUGCUCUCUCGCGAAUUCAAAAGCUUAACAAGGAUUCACUUGUCGGCCAGUGCACAAGCAACAUCAGCAAAAUUGGCGAGCUUUUCGAGGACCUCUCCGGUAUGCAGGGCAAUGCAGGCGCCAUUGCUAGCUGCAUUGUGGAAACCAUUGGGAAUUUGUGCUUGAGCAAAGAUACCAUCUCCCUGAAAUCCGUCUGCGACAGGCUGGUCAAGCGCAUUCCUCUGAUGGACUACAUCAUGCUGUUCGCACAGCCUGGCGUACUAUUACUUCCGGUGUGCAACUUGCUGAACAACUGGGUUCAUGAUCAAGACCAGACCGAGUUCACACCAGCCUACGAAGAGUUCGCUUCGGUUCUGCUAUUCGCCCUCUCCGUCAUACACCGAUACAACCUCAAAUUCACUGAUAUUGGUGUUCAAGGCGAUAGCUUCAUCGCAAAACUCCUUGAUGACAUGACUGUCAGCAAGCCCACGACCGAGCUGUCCGCCGAACAAGGAUCACAGCUUGGUAAAUGGCUCGAAGGACUGUUUACAGUCGAUGAGCACGGGGAGCCAAGUGGCAUAAGUGAUGAGGUGAUGCGACAAUGCCCACCUCAGAGCUUCUAUCAACUAGUUCCAACCCUGCUCGAACAGAGCAUUCUGGCUUGCAAGGCCAGUGCGCUCAAGAUGAAAACCUUCAAAGGAGGACUUGAAUUACUUCUUGAGCCUUUCCUGCUUCCUUCGCUAAUCAUGGGCCUCGGCUGGCUUGCCGGCCACUCUUGGGAAGAUCAUAAUGAUGCCGAUGUCCUGCUUCAAGUUCUCGAAAAGCUGUUGCGGCACUCCAGCAGCUCUCAAGAGACACAAGCAAUGCACCGAGCUGUGCUUGCCAUCGUAGCAGAUUCCCUCCAUUCUUCGCUCGAAGAGUUCUCGAAGAAGCAGCCCAGCAAGAAGCAAGUGACCGAGCUUCUCAAACUGCUCGGACCUUACGUCAACGAGCAGAGAACGUUCAGAUGUACGCAGGCGGAGAUUGACCUUAUCAUCAAUCAGGGGGGCAUGAAGAACCUCAUCCGACAGACUGUCCGCGACGUCAUCAAUUGGGGUGCCACACAGUCCAACCCACCCAACCCACCACCAAGAUAUGCGCAUAGAUUCUUUGUGGCUGCUUGCCAGACUCUCGAUGACCAAGAAAUACUGAAAACCCUAGUCGAGGAAGUGCUGCAAUCCGGACCGGCGAACAUGUCUAUCGCUCUCGAUCUCUGUACUGGUCUCAUAUGUGCGCCGACAGCAGGACCUUUGUCCAUGCAGUCACCAUCUGCAGCCGCGUCCUCAGCAGCAAAACUCCGCGAUUGCGUGCGUUUGACCAAUUCAAAUGUGCAAGGGCUCUUGGAACGACCGGUAAGUGAGGCUGAGGUCCUCGUGCGCCUAGGACGCAGAGUUGAGGCGCAACUUGCAUUCGCCGCACAAAUGCCACCAAUGGCGCUCCCAUUACAAAUUCCAGAGCAGGCAGCAGACCAGAUGCUGCAGGAUCUGCUAGAUGGCAAUACUGCCAGUGCUACCAACGACGGCGCACUCAACCAGAAUACAGAUAUGAGCGGCCUGGAGCAACAAAUUGACAUGACCAGCAUCAACAACGCUACUGCCGACGAUCUUCUCAAGAUGGCCUCUGGGCCAGGCGCAAUGGACGUCGACUCGAACCAGAUGUUCAUCGAACUGGGCAUGAAUACGGACGACAAGCAGCAGAAUCAACAGGGUGAUCUCCAAAACCAAGAAGAGGAUAUUUUCGCAGGCCUGGACAUGGGUAUGGGUGACAUGGGAGAUGAUCUGGACUUCAACUUCGGAUAG